AUGCCGCGUAUUCGGGCACUGUUGAUCUACACGGACCCCGAGUCACUAGUAAGGGAACUGAACAUCCAAGCAUUCGUUAACGACCCGCCAAGAAUCGUUCUUCAUAUCUUGCUGCUCAUACAGAAAGCUCCGAGAAUGGUAGACUUGCAAUGGGGAGACGCAAGGUGUGAUCGGGAUUUUCAACAAUUGGUUUCAUUCAAAAUACAAACUUGGGAGAACUGGAAGUGGUUGUCAGCGUCUGUUCCUGAGACUUCUGCGCAGCUGUUCAAGGGUGUUUUCUCCCGGUUGGAGAUUACCCUGAAGCAGCCUCAGGCAGAGCCGCCGGGAGUCAAAUUGCUAUCACAAAUAAGGUCAACCCCUCGGCCCUCCGGGUCGGUGGUGUUGUGUUUGAAUUCGGCGACAAUAUUGAGAGCAUUGACUUCAGUGUUUCGCGUGUCAAUCAGCUCGACAAUAAUACGGAAUUUGCAGCAAUUCAAUUGGUAUAAGUGUAAAGAACACUAUAAGACCAUCACGUUCAACUCGUCACGUUUCACUGCCGUGCAGCGCAAGUAUUGGGUCGCGACCGACGGCUCGGGCGACCACCCGACUGGCCAUACCGGGGCAACAUGA